AUGCCGAAGGAUCAAGAGUCCCACGAGGCAGUGGUCUCCUUCUGUGAAGUGGUGAUGCUCCUGAAGGAGAUCGCCGAGCACGAUCGGGAGAGGACUGAUCCCGCUCGACGGCGGCGUACCUUCGCCGCUACGGGCGACUGGAGCGGGGGCUCCGUUCGCCAUGAAAAUGGCAGACCGGCGACCAAUCAGAGGCAGUCGGCUCGCUACACUGGCGUACGCGCUUUGAAGAUGGUUAAUAAAUAUAAGAGGAAAACGACUAACGCAUCUUGGGAUGAUGGAGUUAUGAAGCUUGCAAUGGAAGAAGCAGGCAAAACAUCAGUUAAUAGUGCAGCUAAAAAAUAUGGAAUAAAUUUGUCGACACUACAGAGACACAUAAAGAAAGGAUGCCCGAAAAAGAAACUCGGGAGAUUCACAACUGUUUUUACGGAAGCUCAAGAAGUUGAACUGGUCGAGUAUUUGUUUAAAAUGGAUGAUUUGUUUUUUGGACUUUCUAAAAAGGAGUUCUUGGAACUUGUGUAUCAAUAUGCUGAGCGGAACUAUAUACCUCAUCCAUUUAAAAACGGAACAGCGGGUGAAGAUUGGUACAUUGGUUUUAAAAUGCGUCAUCCCAAUGUCUCUCUGCGCCGUCCAGAGCCAACAUCAAUCGCUCGAGCUAGAGGCUUUAACCGGCCGCAAGUAGAACGGUUUUUUGACUUGCUUGAGCAACAGAUCAAGAAACAUAACAUCGAUGCAACACGUAUAUAUAAUGUUGACGAAACUGGCAUACAAACAACGAGCAAUAAGCCUCCAAGAGUUCUAAGCAAAUCAGGAAAAAAACAGGUUGGCGUCAUAGCAAGUGUCGAGCGAGGUAAAUUGACGACUGUAGUAUGCUGCUGCAAUGCGGCAGGCUCUUUUAUACCCCCUUUUUUAAUAUUUGGGCGGAAACGAAUGGUAGACAGGCUGCUGGAUGGGGCUCCACCUGGAUCAGCAGCUACUUGCACCGAUAAUGGUUGGAUCAACGGGCCAACAUUCUUGGAAUGGUUACGGCAUUUUGUAGAAAUGACAAGACCAACACCAACUAGAAAAAUUCUACUAGUAAUGGACAAUCACGAGUCCCACAAAUAUUUGGAGGCAUUGGACUUUGCGUCAAAAAAUAAUGUGAUUUUUGUCUCUCUUGCUCCACAUACGACACAUCGUAUGCAGCCGCUUGAUACCUGUGUCUAUGCACCUUUGAAAGUUUACUUUGAACAGGCGGUAUCAUUGUUCCAAAAAACGCAUGUUGCUCGCAUCAUUUCCCAGUAUGAUGUGGCGAAAUUAUUUGGUGAAGUAUAUAUGAAGGCAGCGAGUGCCCAGAACGCGGUGAAAGGAUUUUCGUCAACCGGCAUUUGGCCUACAAAUAGAAACAUAUUUGACGAUUCUGUCUACCUUCCAUCAACUUUAACUGAUCGACCAGAACCUUCUCUUCCAAUUGGCACUGAAACUAGCCUUGUAACUACAGUGCCUGAGACAGAAUCAACGCCUGUACCGACCAACAAGGAGAUUAGCCCAGUUACAGUUCUCAGGUCUCAGUUGCCUGAGACUAUUCCAGAGUUUGAGACUAUUCCAGAUGAUACUCAAAGCCAAAUUGAUUCAGAUACUCGUAAAUCAUUUGAUUCUGAUCGCACUGUUUCACCAUCCACUCUGAAUGAAAUUCUGUUUGGAAAUUUAAUCUGCAAAACUCCUGAGCCAUUGGAAGACUCAGAAUCAGCAAAACAUAAAAAUAUAACGCUUUCAAGAACCGUAACACCACUACUCCAUAAUGCUUCCCCAUAUGACAUUAGGCCGAUACCUAAAAUGGAAUCCAAAACUACUCGUAAACGCAAAUCACAAAGGGCGGAAAUACUCACAAGCACUCCUAUAAAAGACCAGCAGAGAGAAAAAGAAAUGAAGAAAACAAUUACCAAGAAAAAAGGUGAUGCUGUGAAGGAACAUUUGAAGGAAGUAACGUCAGGAAGUAAUAAAAAAUGGGCAUUAAAGAGAAAUUCAAAAGACGUUAAACCGUCUACAAGUAAUAUAAACAAAGAUGGAAAAAGGAUGAAAAAAGGUAUAAAACAAUCCGAAUGCAGAUGCUUAGUGUGUUAUGAGCAAUAUCAAGAUCCGCCAUUAGAAGAUUGGAUUAGGUGUGAUGAUUGCAAUAUGUGGGCACACGAGAGCUGUACCUCAUACUCAGGAAGAGGCGCUUAUUACUGUGAUUUGUGCCAAGAAUAA